CUUAGUGUCUAACUUCACACAGGUUCAGACACCUGAGAUGGCGAACGACAACUGCGGUAAUAAACAAAACACAUUCGGUUCAGGCUAGUAGAGAGGCUGCGUACUGUUGUGUCAAAAUAACAGCACAUUGCAGAAUCGGAAAAACCGACCAUUUAUUUCACGGUUACACCCCGCUGAAGAUCUUCAUAACCCCGUGUGUGAUUACAAAGGGGGCCGACGAGGUUCAAUUCCAAGCUGCUUUAGUUGAGUCUUCAGACUCAAUUUGUUUUAUGUGUCUUGAGUGAAAAUAAGGAAAACAUGACGGAGGUAAGGAAGAGAGGAGGAAAAGGAGGAGAUCCCGACAGCGUUAGUGACAAGGAGGCAGAUGGAGAGGACAGACUGGGUCUGCCUGGUGAGGCCGGAGGAGACGGCGAAUAUAAAGCAGACACCUCAUCCGUUCCUCCCUCCACAGCAGACAACACUCCACAGUUCCUCAAAGAGGCCGUGGAGGGCCUCAACCCCAGGUGGAAGAACUGCUGUAUACGAGGGGUUCUAUCCAUGGCCAUGAUAUCAGGAUUCUUCAUGAUGAUCUACCUGGGACCUAUCAUGCUCAUAGUAGUGGUGAUGACCAUCCAGAUCAAGUGUUUUCAGGAGAUCAUAGAUAUCGGCUACAGAGUCUACCAUUCCUACGAGCUGCCCUGGUUCAGGACACUCAGCUGGUACUUCCUGGUUUGUGUCAACUACUUCUUCUAUGGUGAGACAUUGGCGGAGUACUUUGGCGCGUUGGUGCAGAGAGAAGAACCGCUCCAGUUCCUGGUCCGAUACCAUAGAUUUAUCUCCUUCGCUGUCUACCUGGCAGGUUUCUGCAUGUUUGUUCUGAGUUUAGUGAAGAAGCAUUACCGCCUGCAGUUUUAUAUGUUUGCAUGGACCCAUGUUACCCUACUGAUAGUGGUGACUCAGUCUCACUUGGUCAUCCAGAACCUGUUUGAAGGAAUGAUCUGGUUCCUCGUCCCUGUCUCCAUAGUGAUCUGCAAUGACAUCAUGGCCUACCUGUUUGGUUUCUUCUUUGGCAGAACACCACUCAUUAAGCUGUCUCCCAAGAAGACGUGGGAGGGAUUCAUAGGAGGGUUCUUUGGAACCCUGGUCUUUGGAUUCAUACUGGCAUACCUGCUAGCUCAGUUCCAGUACUUUGUCUGUCCCGUGGAAUACAACAGUGAGACCAACCGUUUCACUGCGGAGUGUGAACCCUCUGACAUUUUCGUGAUGCACGAGUACACAUUGCCCUUCACUGUCCAGAGCAUCCUCAGAUGGAAAACGGUGACCAUCUACCCGUACCAGAUCCACAGCGUGGCGCUCUCCACCUUCGGCUCUCUCAUUGGUCCUUUUGGAGGAUUCUUCGCCAGCGGAUUCAAACGAGCGUUCAAGAUUAAAGACUUUGCAGACACCAUCCCUGGUCACGGGGGCAUCAUGGAUCGCUUCGACUGUCAGUAUCUGAUGGCUACAUUCACUCACGUUUACAUAGCCAGCUUCAUCAGAGGUCCCAACCCCAGCAAGGUGUUACAGCAGCUGUUGGUCCUGCAGCCAGAGCAGCAGCUCAGUAUCUUCAACGCCAUGAGAGACCGCCUGAGAGACAGGGGAAUACUGCCCCCUGCUGCCACGGAGGCGAUGUAGAACACACACGCAAGAGGGGGAGAGUGUGUGUGUGUGUGUGUGUGAGAGAGAGGUAGAGUUUGGCUGUGUGUGUGUGUGUGUGUGUGUCUGUCUGUCUGAGAGAGUGUCUUUGGCUGCUUGUGUGUGGCCUGCACCUUCUUCCAGACACUCAUCCCUCAUCUGCCCAGCGUCUGUUUUUAUUAUUUUCUUGUUUCUAACCAGUCAUUACUGUGAACUAAGAUGUUGCUCCCAGCAUCAAGGAGUUACCAAUAACAGCAGCCACAACAACCCGUUCAGACUGUCAUAGCUACCACUGGGACCUGCAUGAGUACCUAACUACACAAACAAACUGCGUCAACCGACCGUUAUGCUACCAAGCUAGCAGCAGCGUCAACCGACCGUUAUGCUACCAAGCUAGCAGCAGCAUCAACCGACUGUUAUGCUACCAAGCUAGCUAGCAGCAGCAUCAACCGACCGUUAUGCUACCAAGCUAGCUAGCAGCAGCAUCAACCGACCGUUAUGCUACCAAGCUAGCUAGCAGCAGCAUCAACCAACCGUUAUGCUACCAAGCAAACUACCAGCAGCAGCCGCAACCGACCGUUAUGCUACCAAGCUAGCUAGCAACAGCAUCAACCAACUGUUAUGCUACCAAGCUAGCUAGCAACAGCAUCAACCGACUGUUAUGCUACCAAGCUUGCUAGCAACAGCAUCAACCGACUGUUAUGCUACCAAGCUAGCGAGCAACAGCAUCAACCGACCGUUAUGCUACCAAGCUAGCUAGCAACAGCAUCAACCAACCGUUAUGCUACCAAGCUAGCUAGCAGCAGCAUCAACCGACCGUUAUGCUACCAAGCAAACUACCAGCAGCAGCCGCAACCGACCGUUAUGCUACCAAGCUAGCUAGCAAUAGCAUCAACCGACUGUUAUGCUACCAAGCUAGCUAGCAACAGCAUCAACCGACCGUUAUGCUACCAAGCUAGCUAGCAACAGCAUCAACCGACCGUUAUGCUACCAAGCUAGCUAGCAACAGCAUCAACCGAGUGUUAUGCUACUAAGCUAGCGAGCAACAGCAUCAACCGACCGUUAUGCUACCAAGCUAGCUAGCAACAGCAUCAACCGACCGUUAUGCUACCAAGCUAGCUAG